GAUUCGAGGUGAAAUGUAAAAUUGUGUCAUUCUUACGAAAAGUUUUAAAUAAAAUAAAUAAAUUAUUAAAAUUCUGUUCAAAUUCAAUCAUUCCAUUAGGUUUUAAAAUUAAAAUAAAUGUAAAUUGUAAACUAAUUUCUGCUCGGUUCUUGCUUGUGUAACUACGACUUUAUCUUUUACGUCCAUUUCUGCGAGUAUCAUCUUCGUCUUGAAUAUAAUUCCACCAUUUCUCUCCAUUUCUGAAAAAAAAGAAGAUGAUAGUUGCUGUUUUAUAAAAAAUAAGUCAUAAAAGUGUCAACAAUGUCGAGUAUGUCAGAUCGCAAGGCAGAGCUGGAGAGAAAGAAGGCGAAGCUACAGGCUCUGAGAGAAGAAAAAGAUCGACGCCGUCGGGAAAAGGAGCAAAAAGAUGCAGAGGAGGCUUUGCAAAGAGCUUCAGUGGCAUCGAGCCUGGACAGCCGGCGUGAUUUAGAUGAGAUGCUGUCUUCAUUGGGUGUUGCGCCAGUUAAAGAUGUCUUGUCAUCUUUGUCUUCUAUGACGUCACUAACGCCACCACAGACUGCCUCGCCUGACGCCAGCCUGCCACUUGCUGACAAAGCCAGUUUACCAGCUCAAGGAGGCCAGAAGAAACCUGUGCAGCUGCAAGUUGUAUCAGUGCAAUCCACUGACAUUCCACCCAAGGAGAAUGUUACAUACACCAAGCAAACCCAGACCACUGCUUCAGGGGUCACGGAGCUACGAGAUGGAUACAUGGAGGACUGGUGGCGGCCACGUAAAGCACACGCAACCGACUACUACGACGAGUACAAUCUAAACCCGGGUUUAGAGUGGGAGGACGAGUUCACAGUGCUUACAUUCGACGGCGACGGCGUGCGGCAAGGAGACGACGAGGAAGCGGCGUUCCACGGCAAGCUGCCGCCCGGUAUCCUCCCGCACGGGCUGCCCACUGUCAAGGAGGUGCAGCCCGCUAUCACUGACACUCCACAGGAGAAGAAGGAGGAGGAGGAGAAGAAAGUGCGCGAGCUGAGCACGGACGAGAAGCAGACGAUCAUGCUGUCGGCGGAGUUCCAGAAGUUCAUGAGCCGCGCGGGCCGCGUCAUCGAGCGCGCGCUCGCAGAGUCCGUCGACAUCUGCACCGACUACACCGGCGGCGGCGACGCAGAGGACGCACAGGACGACAAGUCGGACGCGCGGCUGUCGCUGGUGCGCACGUUCCACGACGAGCGCUGGUCGCGCGGCCGCUGCGUCACGUGCCUGGACUGGUCCACCGCGCACCCCGAGCUGCUGCUGGCCUCCUACCACAACAGUGAUGACGCACCACACGACCCCGACGGAGUUUGCCUCGUGUGGAACACCAAAUACAAGAAAACCACGCCCGAGGAUAUUUUCCACUGUCAGUCGCCCGUUAUGAGUGCCACUUUCGCUAGGUUCCACCCCAACCUGAUCCUAGGAGGCACAUACUCUGGUCAGAUCGUGCUGUGGGACAACCGAGUCCAGAAAAGAACGCCUGUACAGCGAACGCCCUUGUCUUCGCUUGCGCAUACGCAUCCAGUUUACUGCCUGUCAGUAGUAGGCAGUCAGAAUGCUCACAACUUGAUCUCGGUGUCAACUGAUGGGCGCAUGUGCUCCUGGUCCCUGGACAUGCUGUCGCAGCCGCAGGAAACCCUGGACCUGCAGCACAGGCAGAGCAAGGCGGUCGCCGUCACCGCCAUGGGAUUCCCGCAUGGAGACGUGAACAACUUUGUGUUGGGAAGCGAGGACGGCAACAUCUAUACGGGGUGCCGGCACGGCGCGCGCGCCGGCGUGUCGGAGUGCGUGGAGGCGCACGCGGGCCCGGUGACGGCCGUGAGCUGCCACGCGGCGCCCGGCGCGCUGGACCUGGCGCACCUGUACCUGUCCGCCUCCGUGGACUGGAGCGUCAAGCUGUGGAGCACCAAGCAGGCGCGCCCGCUCUACUCGUUCGAGGACAGCGGCGACUACGUGGCGGACGCGCGCUGGUCGCCGCAGCACCCCGCGCUCUUCGCCGCGGCGGACGCGGCCGGCCGCCUCGACCUCUGGAACCUGAACCGCGACACCGAGGUACCGGUGGCAUCGGUGCAGGCGGGCGGCGCGCUGAACCGUGUGGCGUGGAGCCCGCCCGGCUCGCACCUGGUGGCCGGCGACGACGCGGGCAAGAUCUACCUCUACGAGCUGGCCGAGCAUGUGGCACAGCCGCGGCACGACGAGUGGAGCAAGUUCGUGUACACGCUGCAGGAGCUGCGCAACAACCAGGCCGACGACGACUCCGAGCGCCUCGGCCUCGCCGCCAGCGGCCCGCCCUCGCUCUCCAGCCUCACCUCGCUCGCCAGCAACCCGCUCAGAUAACUGAAAUGAUGGGACGACACGUGCGGGUGGAAAUUGUGAUUAUCUACGGCUACUUCUGGACCGCUUGCAAAAGACCAUCAUAUGUGAUGUGUUGCUAACUAUAACAAUCUAGGCAAUUAAUUAUUCAUUAUAAUCUCAUAUAAAUUAAACUUUAAAGUAAGACUUGCAUAUCCAUUCUUAACACAGUCAAGCUAUGUUUUUAUUUAUAAUAAGUUGUACGGCAGUCUUGCGGUUAAUAUGUACAACAGAAAUGUAUAAAGGUGUAUGUGGGAAUUGAUAAGAAAUCGAAUGAGGU